ACACGGUUAGUUCAACAAUGAUUGAUACCUACUUCUUAGUGUCUCACACUUUUUAAUUGCUGUAACAAAUGGAUCGUGACUUAGAUUACGCGAUUAAACAUUUAGCAAGGAAUGGUGUUAUGAUUGACUUCCAUGAUAUGAAGCCGAUUGAGGAACGGCUGAUUGUGACUGAUUUGGGGAAGAAAAAUACGUUGCUACUCCCGAGAAAGACCGGCAAAUGGGAGACAGAAUUUAUCUUAGUUUGCACUAUGGGCCUCAAUGGAAGCAAAAACAUAAGAUUGUUGUACGUGCUCCUCAUUGGCGACACAUGCUCCUCAUAAACACUUUUACGUUCUCAAACGUGGUGAAGAAAAUGUACCCUAAAAAUGGAUAAAUGGCAGCAAAGACAAUUGAGAGUGAAUGCAGGAGACACACGAAUCAUGAGAAUCAAACAAAUGAUGGAGUUCACAUGCUCUAUAAUGGACAUAAUUUGACUACCCAAGUUAUUCAUCCGUCAGUUGCAUAUAGGACAGUGAUUCUCGAGAGGUUAAAAGAUGUGCAUAGUGAGACAACAACCGAACAGCCACCGCGGUGUGUUGUUGCGGGUCCACCAAAGGAGAGAAAUAAUCUAACAUCGACAACAUCAUCUCGAAGAUCAGAAUCCCAAAGGCGACGACGUGGGAUAGAAAAACAACACAAAGAGAUGAGAGAACAAGAGCAUCGUGAGAAAGGAGCACAAAUUGAAAGAGAAGCAGCUGCAGAACGACGACGAGCACCAAAGGUAAAGGGAAAAGCUAUUACUGAAGAGAAUCCUCCAUGCAAACGGAUGCGCCCGAGUGGUAUACAGAUUAGAGAAAGCGAGGCUUUACCACAUGAGCAUGAAGAUGCAGAGUCAUAUGAAGAGUCGGUUGUAUUACAUAGGAGAGUUGGUAGCACAUCAGACGCUCAAAACACUGAAAUGCCGUCUAUUAAUGUUAGAGAAGAUGAUGGGGUGUCGGAUACUUACGAAAUUGACGAAGUAGAUUACGACACUGACGAAUUACAUGAUUCAAAUACUUUUAUGAAUCAGGUAGCUGUUGUUGCUACCGAUGUACGUCAUUUUCUGGGACAAAUGGAUGUCAAAUGUCAGCACUGCGGGGCAUUGCACUGGAUGGCAGAAAAACAUACAAAUUCAUUUUUAAUAAACCCAAAAUUUGGUUCAUGUUGUCUCCAAGGCAAAGUUUGCCUACCGUCACUGUGUGAACCACCGGCAGCCAUCAGAGAAUUGUUUGACGGAACCGACGCCGAAUCAAUUUCUUUUCGGAAAUAUAUUCGAGAGUAUAAUACAACUAAUGCGUUUACUAGCCUUGGAUGCAAAUUAGAUACAAGAGAUUUGAAAGGGAGAGGUCCGAGACCUUUCUCAAUACAUGGGGAGUUGAGACAUUUAACCGGAGGUGUUCUACCAGCUCCUGGGACUGAGAGGAUGGCGGUUUACUCCCAACUGUACAUCUAUGAUCCAGAAUUUUCAUUGUUUGUCCGUGGCAAAAGAAAUCCUCAGUUAAAUAUGAAUGUCCUACAGAAAAUUCAGAAUACUAUGAUCCAAUUCAAUGUUUUUUAUACCAAGUAUCGUCAGGCUUAUGCAAUUUUAGACCAGAUGAGUCCGGCCGACCAGAAUAUCAGAGUUUCACUUCAAUAUAAAAAGUCGACUGAUAGUAGGCGUUAUAAUCUUCCGACAACAGAUGAGAUUGCGGUUAUCGUUCCAGAAAAUACUUAUAAGGAGACUGGGGUGCGAGAUAUUAUAUUGCAUUUGAGAGAAAACAACGGAUUGAAACAAAUUUCGGAGUGUCAUCCGGCAUACUUGCCUUUACAUUAUGUUUUACUUUUUCCUUUUGGUGAGCUGGGAUGGUCACCAACAAUGAGGCAAUGGGAUGCAGUCACCAAAACCUAUACGAAAACAAAAUUAUCUCAAAUGAAGUAUUACAGUUACCGCAUAUUUGAACGUGCAGAAGAAUAUUCAAUCAUCUUAAGAGCCGGAAAAAUAUUUCAAGAGUUCUUAGUUGAUGCAUGGGCUGCUACAGAGCAAAGUAAGUUGGCAUGGCUCAGAUUCAACCAACCAACUCUGCGUUCUGACCUCUACAUUUGCAUUGCUGAUAUGACAAAUGCGGAUUUAAAUCCGGGUGAUAGAGGUAAUCCUGUUAUUUUACCAUCUUCACACACUGGAAGCGGGAGGAAUAUGUACGAGAUAUACCAGGAUUCGAUGGCUAUUACACGUUUUCAUCACCAUCCAGAUAUUUUUCUUACAAUGACUGCAAACCCAAAUUGGACAGAAAUAAAAAAAUGCACUUUUACCCAAUCAGAGUGUCACUGAUCGUCCUGAUUUGGUAGCUCGAGUU